GCUUCACAAAUUGUAACACUUUUCUGCCAAGUGUUACCAACCAUGGAAGCUCUACGCUACACCGCCAAAACCAAAAAACUUGAGUUGGCUAAAACUGAAGUCCCUAAAAUCACUAGCCCGGACAGUAUUUUGGUCAAAGUGGCUUAUUCUGGGAUUUGCGGAACCGACUUACACAUAAUCCAGGGGGAAUUCCCGUGCAACCCGGACCGCACUUUCACCCUAGGCCACGAGUUUUCGGGCACUGUGGUCGAAGUGGGCCCCAAAGUGACCAAUUUUAAGGCCGGUGACCGGGUUUCAGUCGAUCCGAACAGUGGUUGCAAAUGUUGCAAGUUCUGCCAUUCGGGGAAACCCCACUUUUGCAAAGUGGGGGGAAUUAACAACACCAUCGGGAUUUACCGAGACGGUGGGUGGGCGAAUUACGUGGUCUGCCCCGAGGAGCAGGUGCACAAACUCCCUGACAGCAUCACCCUAGAGCAAGCCGCUUUGACCGAACCGGUGUCGUGUUUGGCCCACGGCUGGGACAUCGUGAGCCCCAUCCACGUCGGGGAUAAAAUCCUAGUGACGGGGGCGGGGAUUAUUGGGAAUUUGUGGGUUUGCGCCUUGCAUCUGCAAGGUCACAGGAAUGUCACAGUUUCCGAACCGAAUGCCUCACGAUUGGAGAUGUUGAAAAAGUUGAAUACGGGUUACAAUUUAAUUACACCUGAUCAGUUGAAGCGGAAUCAAGCCGCCGAUCCGAAUUACCUCUUCGACGUGGUCAUUGAUUGUAGUGGGUUUCCCCCAGCUGUGGAGCACGCUGUCUCGCUUUUGAAUUCUGGCGGGAAAUUGUGUAUUUUUGGGGUGGCGCCCCCGCAUGGUAAAAUCACGAUUGCUCCGUUUGAUAUUUACAUGAAGGAGAUGAAAAUUUUCGGUGUUAAUAUUAACCCGUUUAGUUUUCCCAAAUCGUUGGGCUUGCUGGAGGCAAUGGGUGACAGAUACAUGAAUUAUAAUCUUUUGGGAAUUAGGACGUUUGCUCUGAGUCAGUACCAGGAGGCCAUUGAGUGUCUGAAGAAGGGCACGAUUGCCAAGGCAGUAUUUAAGCUGUGAAUUUGUUAAAUAAAAAACUGUUGGAAAUUUU